GGCGGAUGAGGCAUUUCCGGGACAAGAUGGCGGCGAAGCCGGGUUCGGAGCGGAAGCUGGUGCAGCAGGACGAGCUGCGGCGGCUCAUGCGGGAGAAGCAGCGACAAAGCGCCGGGAAGAAGCGAAUCGAGGCUCCGUUCGCUAAAUAUAAUCGUUUAGGGCACUUAAGCUGUACGUUGUGCAACACCCAGAUUAAGAGUGAACUUUUGUGGCAAACACACAUACUAGGGAAACAACACAAAGAGAAAAUUGCAGAGUUAAAAGGUGCUAAAGAGACAGUACCUGGGCCUACAAUUAGCAUAUCAUCAUCUCAUCCUACCAAAAGAAAAGUUUCUGACACAGAAAACCAAGAAGUGAAGAGAACAAAAGGUUUAAAUGACCAGCCACAGACUUCUGCGUCUGGGCUACCCACAGAUUUUUUUGAUAAAGCAGACUGUGCAGAUACAAAAGCACUGCCUUCAAAAGGUCCAGGUCCCAGUUUACUGACAGGAGAUUAUGAUGAGGAGGAGGAAGAAAAAGACAAUACUAGCAAACCACCCAGUGUGCAAAAAAAUGAAAUUCCACCCACAGCUCAAGAAACAGUAGCUAAUGCUCUACCAGCAGAUUUCUUUGACAACAAAACGACAGCUGCGCCCAUAGUCUCCCAUUCAGGGUCUAUUCAGAAAGCGGAAGUUCAAGAAAAGGUAGUGGAAAGGAAAGAAAACACUGCAGAAGCUUUACCAGAGGGAUUCUUUGAUGAUCCUGAGGUGGACGCAAAGGUGCGAAAGGUUGAUGCUCCGAAGGAUCAGCUGGACAAAGAAUGGGACGAAUUUCAGAAGGCGAUGCGACAAGUCAACACGAUUUCAGAAGCAAUAGUGGCAGAAGAGGAUGAGGAGGGACGUUUGGAUCGUCAGAUUGGAGAAAUUGAUGAGCAGAUUGAAUGUUACCGCCGUGUUGAGCUGCUGCGUAACCGCCAGGAUGUAAUGAAAGAUAAAUUUAAGGAAGCCAUGAGAUUAAGAGCAACCCAGGAGAAAGAGGAUGAGGAUAUUGGUAGUGAAGAUGAAGGAGAAUUGCAGGAUUUGCUGUCUCAAGAUUGGAGAGUGAAAGGGGCUUUGUUGUAGCAUUUCAGUGGCAUACUCAGUAUUCUGUUGAUCUGUGGUAUUACUUUUUAUCAGAAGACUUUUUUGUUAAAAUAUUUAUUUUUAAGAAGGAUCUUGCAGAUACUAUUGAGGUUAACUGUAAAAAAUGUCUGUAUCUCUGUAGGUCUGAAAUGGAGUAUUUUGUGUAAAGAUUAUACAUUGUAAAUGUUUUACAAGUUUGAAUAUAACUUUCCUAUUAAAAUUAUUAUAAUUUCCUACUAAAAUUAUUUUAAUAAGCAAGUAAUUUUAUAGUCAACAUAGACUUCUGGAAGUGUGACACAUACUAAGUCAGUGCUUUGAGUUGUCCUGUGCUGUAGUUCAUACCAGCCAGUGUAUAGUGUCCUUUCAGAUAGGAAACUCAGCUUUAUCCACUACGUUUUAGAAGUUACUAGUAAAAUGUAGCGUGUUGGUCAUCCAAUGUUUUACUCUUUCAUAUGUAAAAGACCUAAGAAUCCAGAAACAUUGAGCAACAGAUUGUGGAGAAGUGGUAAUACUCUGAUCUCCUGCCAUGCUACACUGGGCAUGCAUGUUGCAGAAGAUUGUGUUGGACUCAAAUCUGUUUUUGUUAAUGCAGUUACAGACUGGAACAUGUGUGAAAACUUGAGCAGAGGGAUGAAAUGGGUAUGCAACUUCGAGCACUGCACUGGAAACCUAGGUGGCAUUGGAAGAAUAACUUCAAAAUAAACCUCAUUUAUUUUAGUUGUAAAUAUUGGAAGCUUUCAAGGGAGCCUUGGAAUUCUGUUUUUUCUCUCAAGAGUGCAAAUGGGUAAAUAACAUUUUAAAGUUAAGAACCAGUGAACAGGACAAAAUUGAGGUAACACAAAAGGGGAGCAAAAAAUGUACUGAGAUUCAGUAUGUACUGGCUAAAUUAGAGCCAGAUUCUAUUUUUUAAAAAAUCAUAUGCUCUUUGAGCUUUGCAAGCCCCCAAAGCCCUCAGAUUUACUGAGGUAGCAGGAACUUCUGAAAAUCUGUAUGGAUUUUUCAGUUCGGUCCCAAGAAGUAGAGUUGUGGAAAGACAGUUUAUUUUUUUUUUACCUCAGGUUUUGGAAAAGGUUUAUGUUUUGAAAUAUAUUACAAGGUUGGUUUUGAGAGGAAGAAAAAAAGGAAUAGAAUAAUCUUACCACAAAAUUAAUUCAAGUCAGUCUGGGUACAGGUUAUAUCUACUGAUCAUCAUAGUGUUUUAUUAAGGGAAAAAAUAUUAUUGCUCACUAACGGUAGAUGUCACUUUUGUAGCAACUGUCACAGUGAACAUUCUGUGUGAGAACUGUUACCAGAUUCUCUUGACUCUACUUUACUUCUCCUACUUUACAUAUUCCAGCCAUGUGUUUAUAACAAAGUUGUGAAAAGUAAAAUUCAUACAGUGCUUAACAGAACAAUAGAUCACUGUGUUCUGACCACAUAUACUGGCCUGCAUGCUUGAUAUUUUUUGCUCAAUUUUGUAAUAAGUACAAAAAACAAGCACAACCGAUACUUCUAAAAAAAUUUCAAGUAUAACUUUGCAACUAAUGAUCUGUCAUUGGUAAUAUCCAGAAAUUUGGCAAAAAUGGUUUCCAAGUGUCACUAACUUAUAAAUAGAAACAUUCAAAAACUAGAAGAACAAAUCUUGACCAGCGUGGCAAGUUACUGAUUUAACUGGCAAAGAAUAAACAUGGCAGUAUAUUACUACUUUGAAUUUCAGUAUUACUGGAUGCGUAUCAUACUGCAAUGAGUGAAAUAGUGAGAGUAGCUCCCCUCUUGUUUAGGAAUGAAAGUUCCUGCUCAGAAAGAUGGAGGUAAUGGGAAUGAUUGUUUAAUGACUGGCAAUCUUGCUAUUUUCUGUAAAAUACAGUUUCCUUCAUUUUCCAUAAAUUCUGGGAAGUUUCUGAUGUACAGUUUUCCCACUGCAUACUCUUUCCCCCAACCUCCCCACUAGUCCACCAAGGAGAGCUGCACAGCCUCUUAAUUCUGAUAUUAGAGAGACAAGGUGGGUGAGAUAAUAUCUUUAAUUGAACCAACUUCUCUUUGGUGAGAGACAUAAACUUUUGAGCUUACAAGGAGCUCUUCUUCAGAUCUGGAAAACUUAAUCAGUAUCAGUUAAAUA